AUGUGUCAGGGCAGAGAAAGGGAGGUUGAGUUUGGUACACAUACUAUUAAGUCUCAUGGAGCCCAUGUUGCAAGGAUUCAUAUCCAUGAUUGGCUUAUAUUGCUGCUCCUUGUAGUCAUAGAGAUCGUUUUAAACAUCAUACAUCCCUUUUAUUGCUUUGUUGGGGAGCAUAUGAUGUCAGACCUUAAGUAUCCCAUGAAGGAAAAUACGGUGCCUUUCUGGGCUGUUCCUAUGUAUGCAGCUUUGUUGCCAAUUGCAAUUUUUCUUGUAUUCUAUCUUCGAAGGAAGGAUGUCUAUGAUCUGCAUCACAGCAUACUAGGCCUUUUAUUUGCUGUGCUGAUAACCUGGUGCCUUACUGAUGCAAUAAAAAAUGCAGUUGGUUGGCCUCGACCUGACUUCUUUUGGCGUUGCUUUCCAGAUGGACAGGGUAAAUAUGAUAAGUGGGGAAACGUAAUAUGCCAUGGUAAAGAUAGUGAUAUAAAGGAAGGGCAUAAGAGUUUCCCAAGUGGUCAUACUUCAUGGUCCUUUGCAGGUCUAAGUUUUCUAUCACUGUACUUAUCAGGCAAAAUAAAAGCUUUUGAUCGCAGGGGGUACAUUGCAAAACUAUGCAUUGUUUUUCUUCCUCUCCUCCUUGCAUCUCUUGUUGGUGUUUCUCGGUUGGAUGACUAUAAGCAUCAUUGGCAAGAUGUAUUUGCAGGAGGUCUUCUAGGACUAGUUGUCUCGACAUUUUGCUACUUGCAGUUUUUCCCACCUCCAUAUCACAAUGAAGGAUGGGGGCCUUGUGCAUAUUUCCGAGCAUUAGAGGAAUCAGGCGUCAACUCACAAUUAGCCAGUCCUGAGAAUGGUCUCGAUAUGCAAGUGAUGGAGGUUCAAGUCGAGUCCUGA